CCGCAUUGUGGAGAUUGUACCAAGUUUGUUCAAUGCACCAAUUCUCAACGAUACAUUUUUGACUGUCCUACAGGAUUAAUAUUUGAUGCAGCCUAUAGAAAAUGUUCUUAUGCCUAUGAUCCAACUUAUAUCUGGGAUGAAUGCACGACGUCUUGUAGUGGUAAACCGUAUGGUUUGUAUGCACAUUGCGGAGAUUGCUCUAAAUUUGUCAAAUGCUACCUGGGUACUCUGUCCACGUUCGACUGCUUGCCGAAUUUGUAUUAUAACGCUGCAGUAGGACAAUGUGACUAUGUCCAGAACGCAGUAUGUAGAACUUCUCCCUACACGGGACCCACAUCUGCAACAAGCCCGACUUCACCGUCUGGACUUAAUCCAUUGUGUAUCACAAGCUGUGAGGGUAAGAACACUGGAAAUCAUCCCGACUGUGAUGAUUGUACCCAGUAUUUUACAUGUGUAGGUAACACCAAAUUUACAAUGCCAUGUCCAUCAGGUACCAACUACGAUACUAGUACUGGAGCCUGUGCUUUCCCUGCUGACGCCACGUGU